AUGGACUUCCAGUUUACGUCUCGGCCAAGUAGUAAUACGAAGCCAGUCUGGGCUAAUGACUUGAAUACGCCCCGAAAACGUCCAUUUGAUGACCUUCAACCCACGAGCCCGGGAUUUCCUCAGCCACCUCAAACUCCUAUAUUUGGAGAAAACCGGAACGUGCCAUUCAUCUUUCAGGCUCCAGCACUGCAGACUCCUCCAGUCUACCCAUGGGUGCCUCCUGUGAAUUUCUCACCUCAGAAAGCAUUUCCUGUGCAGGAGCUGCGCGACGUGGACAUGUCUGAACUUAGCCCUCCUAAACCCGAGGCUUCUGAGAAAGAAAACGGGAGAAUAAUUGCCACAGGGGCGCUCAGAAGGGUCUUCAACUCGAGGCAGAAGGCUCGUACAAAAAGCCAACACGCUGUAUCAUUACGCGACGACCUGGGGUACGGCAGCGAGGAAGAAAUUGAUGGUGAUGCAGAUCAUGUCGGGCCUGUGACACAAAACACGUCAAACCACUACACACUCAACAUGCCGGCUAACCCGGUGCCACGAGCAGAAACGCCACAGGUCCUGCUGGGAUAUUUACAGUUCUUUUUUAAUCUGUCCCUGGUUAUGGUGUUUCUUUAUCUCCUGGUGCAGUUCAUUCUCACAGUACAACGUGAUGUUGAACACCGUAUCUCAGAAUAUUCGAUGGACAUCGUGCAAGAGAUCGGCAUGUGUGCCACACAAUACAGGAACAACCUAUGUGAAAACAACCCUGUGCCUGCCAUGAUUCAACAAUGUGCAUCUUGGAAAACAUGCAUGGAUCGCGACCCAAACAUGGUUGGCCGUGCUCGGGUAGGUGCAGAACUCAUUGCGGACGUCAUCAAUGGCUUUGUGGAGCCCAUUAGCUGGAAAACAUUGGCCUUUACGUUGACGUCACUAACUUUUUUGACGGUCUUCGUGAAUUCCUUAUUCUCCCUAUACCGCUCACGCCACGAAGCUGCUCAUUCUCCGUCAAGGUAUCCAGUUCCGCCUAUGGCACAGUUUCCUCAUCAUUACCUUCCUUCUGGGCCUGCGCCUCGGGGUUCUGGGCUUGGGAGUGGUGACGAUAUCUCCGGGGAUGCACCUCGCAGAAGACGUGGAGAGGGCGGACAGGCGAUUAAAGUAAAAUGA